GUGUUCAAGCAUGAGUUUUGAGUGCGUUGUUACGUUGUUGUGGCUAGAAUAAGUUGCAAAACAGUUGCAAAAGGUGUGAUUAUUCAAGAUGAUUGUUGAAAAGCCAGAUGCAUUGAAACAAUGGAUGGCUGAUAUCUUGGAACAUAUGUCCGACGCUCAACCAACCAAGCUAGCACGCUACGUUCUGGCGCUGGUACGCAAGGCGAGCUCGCCGGAGCGGCUGCGUGUCACCAUGCUCGAGCAGCUGGAUGUGUUUCUACACGAGGAGACUCCCCUGUUCGCCGAUCGACUGCUGGCAGCGCUGGCGUCGGGCGUGUACGCGGUUCGACCCGCUGAGAGCCGCGUGGUUACGUUGCCCGUGGCCCCGCCGCCCCGACGGCUGGUCCAGCUGCCCCCGGAGGAGACAAACAGUUCCCCCGGCGCAUCAGCCGUGUCGGACCGCCUCGGUGACAAAACGAACGGCACUGCCGCCGUUACCGACUCUCCCGCCUGUCCAAACAGUAACGGCAUGAACGCCUCGAGUCGUGACAGUGGAAGCCCAGCCGAGAACUCGGCAAGUAACGGUACCUCAGCGCCGGCGUCCGCUGACCCCCGUCCCGACCCCCGGCCCGACGCCCGUCCCGACGCCCGUCCGAGCCCCUUCACCGACCUCCGUCACCGUCUGGGCGGUUCGCUCGGCAGGAGGCGUGGUCGGGACGCGAACGAGCGCAGUAUAGACGACAGCCCUUUAGAGUACAGUCCGGCGAAGGUGACCGCUCCCGGCGGGCCUGCACCGCUGGCUCCGUUCAGCCAGCCUCAGCCGCCGCCGACCGCCGCUGCCGCCGCCGGUGAGUAG